AUGGGAAAAUCAAAUUCCAACUAUAUCUCAUAUGCUACAUCUAAUAAAUGUCCCGAUGAUUGUGGUCGAUGUAAUAUUUGUAUUGCGAAUAAUAUUUGGGUUUGUGCAAAAGUAUUUAGUACCAGUUUGUCUAAUUUCAUGAGGGAAAAAGAGAUUGAAGAAAUUGAGAAAUUGCAUAACAUUUGCGGUAAUAAAGGAAUAGCCGAGUUUCUUUAUAAAUGCAAAUGUGUAGAUAACCCUGUGACUAGGUGGAUUCCUUUUGAUGAGUUUGAAGAUAUUGAAUAUUUAGGUAAAGGAGGUUUUGGAGUAGUUUACAAAGCAACUUGGAGUAAAGCUAUGUGUUUGUUUGGAGCGCACAUUAGAACAAUAGUGGUAUUGAAAAGUUUAGAUUGCGAUGUUUCAGCAAUUUUAAAGGAGAUUAAUGCAACUUCAUUCUAG